GUGUGCUGACUGUACGUUGGGGUCUCUCUCACUGGCACACUACCCAACACACGGUCGGCCGUACGAUUUGGCUUCGUUAGCCAGACUUUCCUCCCCAAAACCGGAGACAAUUUCACCCAAAUUUUCACUAGUCUAUUGAUUUGACCCUCUACAACAACCACAAUGAAUAAAAUCUACUGCGGAAACCUCAGCGAGGAUGUAACUGAGGAUGCCCUUCGCGAUCUUUUCGAGGAAAAUGGCAUCCCAGUCUCCAGCAUGGUGGUAAAGCGAAGCUCCAACCCCAACAGCAACGCGAGCCCCUUUGCUUUUGUAGACGUCGAGAACGAAGAAAUGGCCACAAAUGCCAUCGGAAAACUCAACGAUUACAACUUGCUUGGUUCAGUGAUGGUUGUUGAGCAUUCAGUCCCAAAGAGAGGCAGGGGUGUCAGAAGCCGUUCUACCAAUAUCCAGGUGCAUAACAUUCCACUGGAAACACCACUCCAAGAAGUCCAGGAUCUGCUCAAGACGUUCGGCAACGUGAACUCCUGUGAAAAAGGUAGAGAGGGUGCCAAUGGCUAUGCUGUCAAUGCAACCUAUGCAGCUGUAGAGCAAGCUCAGCAAGCUAUCAAGCAACUAAACAACUAUGAAUUCCAUAAUUCAGAGCUCAAGGUGAACUACAAAAAUUCAGGGAAUCGCCAAAACAACCGCUUCAACAACCGUGGUGGCAACCGUAACCAAGGAAGCUCCAAUGUAUUCCCAGUCAGGAUGCUUGUUCCAAGUGAUGUUGUUGGUGCCAUCAUUGGAAAAGGUGGCAAGACCAUCAAGCAGAUUACUGGAGAAACUAAAGCAAGAAUUGACAUCCACCGCCGUGAAAACCCUGGGUCAGGAGAGAAGGUAAAAGCUGUGACCACAUUUGGAAACCCAGAGGAUUGCACUUCAGCCUGCAAGAAGGUCAUGGAGAUCAUGAACCAAGAGUGCUCCCAGAAGGGAACCCAACCACCACUCAAGCUUUUGGCUCAUAAUGCCCUCGUUGGUCGUCUGAUCGGCAAGGGUGGUAGCUCCCUCAAGCACAUUAUGCAGGAAUCACAAACAACCAUCACCAUUUCUCCUCUGCAUGAGUUGACUAUUUGCAACCCAGAGCGUACCAUCACUAUUAAGGGAACUGUCGACCAGGUGUCUAAGGCUGAGUCUCUCAUCACAGCUAAGCUGCGUACUGCAUAUGAGCAACACAUGCAAGGAAUGCAGAACCAACAUCAUAACAUGUUCCCUGGUAUUAACCACAUGUCCAUGUUUUCUGGAUCUGGUGAACCUAACCAUGGAUAUCAGAACCAAGGAAUGGGCGGUUAUGGUGAUCCUCGUCAGCAGCAGUAUCCCAUGAAUGACCAGCAAAAUGAGACGGCAUACUUGUACGUACCUAAGGAUGCAGUAGGUGCUAUUAUUGGUGUCAAAGGAGACAUUAUUCGCAACAUGUCUCGCCGUGCUAAUGCCUCAAUCAGGAUUGCCCCAGCAGAUGAUGAAGUAUCAUCUGAGCGUAAAGUGACCAUCAUUGGAAGCCCAGAGGCCCAAUGGGCAGCCCAGUUUGCCCUCUUUGACAAGGUUCGUGGAGAGGGUCUCUUUGAGACUAAGGAGGAACUUCUUCACUGUGAGAUUGGUGUACCAUCUAAGAUGGUGGGUCGUAUUAUUGGCAAGAAAGGUGCUAAGGUGCGUGACCUCCAGAGGAUGACCCUAGCUCGUAUUGAAGUUCCUCGUGCCAACAAAGAAGAUGAAGAAGGAGACCAGUCACCAGAAGAAUCUGAUAAGGAAGUUAUGGUCAAGAUCUAUGGUCACUUCUAUGCUCUACAGGCGGCUGAGCGUCGUAUUCGCAAGAUGAUCUAUGACUUCAACCAGCGUGCCUACCAGAACCAACAGUAUGGCUAUGGGUUCCAACGCCGUGGCCCUGGUGGUGGUAACCGCAUGAAUGGUCCCGGUAACAACCAACAGUAAGACUUCCCCCCCCCCC